AUGGCCGGAACAUGUUCCGGUUUGAAUGGACCAUGGGGCCCGGUAGAUCACCUUUUCGUGCUGAUCAAAACUGUUUCGUGUUACUGUUCGGAUGAAAACGAUAUAGAUUUGCCGGACCUUCAUACGUCCAAUACGGACACUGAGGAACCGGAAACAUUGGAUCUAAGUCAGCAACCAUCAGUCGGUUCAUUAGACAAUCAACCACUAGAGUUUAAAGUGGAACAACCGAGCCGGAAACGGUCAAGGAAUCCAGUUGAUAACAACGCUUACUAUCAUCAGGAAGACCUGGAAAAUUAUCGCAAGCGGCAAAAACUCACCAUGCAGCAUUACUACGAUGAAGCAUACGCAACGGUUGAAAAGAAAAUGCGCAAUCCUUUCCUGGAUGAUUCGUUGAUGAAACCGAUGGAUUCGUUUGAGAGUUAUGCUAGAAGUUCAAUAAACCCUAUUAACUAUACCUUAACGGCAGAGGCAAUCAACAGGCGUAUUCGAAGUACACUGGGGUUGGAAGAAGAUCCCCAGAUAAGCUUUGAACGGCCAAGACCUCCUUCGAAUGAUGAAUGCUGUACUGCUAAUCCGGAUUGGCUAAUGAGAAGAAACACCUACAAUGACAAUCCAUUUACCAUCACUUCACCGCAUAUAGACAUAAAACCUCCUCCGUUCGCUCAUGACGAUAACAAUAAUGUUGAUAAAAAGCCAUUUCAAUGAAUCAAAAAUAAUUGAUAAAGCAUGGGGACUUAGUCAGUCAUCGUUUCAAAUUUAAAAAAUCAUCACUUUGGUAAAUGUUUGGAAACGCUAAUCAAAUUUUGCAUGAGGUUAUCAAUAUUAAUAUAGAAUUGAAAAUCUAAACUUCUUGGAUAUAACAAACAAAAAUUAUGACGAACAUUUGGAAUCCAGUAAACAAGAAAUCAUAGAUUUAGGAUGUAAAUCAGUGCCAACAUGAAAUGUUUAAGGGUAAUUAAUUAUCAGUUCAUUGAACAUUGGAAGCGUAACCAUCGCAAACAAGGUUUGAGAUAAAAAUGAUAUAAAUUGAUUAGACUGAUUAGAUAAUGUGUACGAGCAUCCGAUCGGUAGGAGGGAAUAAAACUCUUUUGCAAAAAUUAAAAACUAA